AUGGGAGACACCACUCUCUCCGCGAUAUCGUCCUCUCGCGUUAUUCUGAGAGACUCAACAAACUGGGAAGCCUGGCUGUCCACCAUCAGAGGGAUUGCCGACCAAUAUAACGUGUGGGAGCUGUGUGACCCGGACAAGAAAGAACAACCUGUUGUUCCAGAUGAACCAGAGCCUUCAUCAAUUGAGGCUGCUAAGAACGACGAUCCGGUCAACUGGUACAAGAUCGUCAAACUACAACAAGUGGAAUGGUCAACCCAAGUUAGCAAGCAUGGAAAAAGGAUCCUAGGCCUCAACUGUGUGGCAACGGUUAUUAAAAACAGCCUACACCCUAGUUAUCAGACCUUUAUCACCCAUGAUACCCCAUGGAAACUGCUUCGCAACCUGCGACAGAGAUUUGCACCUGAGUGCGAUCCUACCUAUGCAGCCAAACUGCGUCAGCAAUGGAGAAAUUUAGACCGAGGUCUAGACAGGAACACCGACAUUGAGAAAUGGUUAUUGAAUUGGGAAACGAUCCAGGUUCGGUGCGCGAGGGCUGGCAUGAGCGAAGCCAAUGACGCCACCGUGCAAUUCCUAGAUGCCAUCUCAACUAUGUCGCCUGGCUUUCAUGAAACCUGGACGCUCAGAUUGGAAGACAAGAAUGUUGUCUUCCCCGAGCUGCUCACUAGGUACAAAGCCCAUUGGGCAAUCAGCCACGGCAAAGCCAGUACCCAGAGAGGUAUCUCCAAAGCUGUAUUUUCGACCUGGCAAGGCCAUGAGGAAGCACAACCACCAAACAUCAAGAAAGGGGCGGCUAUACCAGCCACCGAAAAGCCAUUUUGGCAAAGGCCAUGCCCAUGCGGAUCGAAGGCCCGCCACCCUGCCUGGAAAUGCUGGGCUGCCUAUGAAUCAGGCAGACCCGAGGGUUACAAGAUCAUCCCAGACCAGAAACAGAAGUGGGAUAGAGCUAUGAAGGCUGAUCCUACAUGGAAAGACUUUAUUGAGAAGAAAAGGUCAGAAAUGGGCAUGACGCAGAAACAGGCGCACUCUACCAUAAUUGACGACCAAGCAUGUGGCUUCUUCUCAAAGGUACCUUCCCAAGAAGUCGCACAGAAAGCCGAGCAAGCCGCCAUGUCAACCCAAACCAAGCAAGCGACCAUACCUAUGGAGAAGCAAUGGGUUGUUGACACUGGGGCGGAUACACAUGUAUGCAACGAUCGGAGCAAAUUCGUUAGUUUCCGAGAAAGUCAUGGCAACAUCAAGGUCGGCGAUACACGCACAAGAAUCGAUGGUGUUGGCACCGUCGUUAUCUAUGGGACCAAUCCAACUACUGGCCAACCAAAACGACUAGAGUUGGGGGCCUUUAUGUGCUUCCGAAACAACUGGAUUGAAACUGAUAAUGGCAAGCCGCUGCUAAAGAUAUACCAAGAACAGAAGCUUUCUUGGUUGACGCAGCCCGACGCCGCCACCAUGGCAUUGAUCGAGGCCCAAGCACCGCCCGGAGAAAUGGUUUUUACCACUAAACGAUCGGCGCAAGAACCUAAAUCAGCUGCAUCAAUGGAGACCUGGCACCGGCGCCUAGGUCACAUAGGACCAGACCGCAUUACCAAACUGUCGGAGAUGACCGAGGGAGUCACCAUUACUGAGAGCAACCCUGUCAAACAGGUAUGUGAAGCUUGUCAGUUAGCAGACGCACCGAAGCAGAUCUCUCGGCGGAAGAUCGGUCAGGCAUAUGGUGUAUUCGGCAGAGUGCACUUUGACCUUGUUCAAAAUCAGCCUGCGCACAAUGGUCAUAUCUGGUUAACCCACUUUUACCUGGAUGGAAUCAAAUGCCACUUCGUGUUCACCCAUACCAAGAAGAACGAAUGUCAGAUGGCUGUUAGGAAGUUUAUUGCCAUCGCAAAGAAUUGGUUAAACAUCAAUAUCAAGGUGUUUCACUAUGAUAAUGAGCGAAGUGCGGGAGAUGAGGUCGAGAUGAUGAUCGAAAAUGAAGGUUGUAUAAUUGAGCAUGCACCACCUGGCCUACCCGAGAUGAAUGAUCUCCCCCGAACCCUAUGGCCAGAAGCGAUCUAUGCCGCAGCAUACAUGCUGAAUCGGGUGCCCACCAAGAUCGAAAAUCGGUGGAUUGUACCAUGGAAAGAACUCAUGAGGCAUACCGCACCCGACGGCGUGCGCGAUCAGAUCGUCAACCUGUCAAACCUGAGAUUGUAUGGCUGUUUAGCGUACUCUAGGAUCAUCAAAAGGGUUCAAUCUGACAAGAUGGCACCGAGAGCAGAGAUCGGAUUUCUUGUUGGAUAUGUUUCUAAGAACCUAUACAAGAUCUGGUUCCCGCACAAAGGCCGUGCUGGCAAAGGCCGGGUUGACAUAGUCAGAGAUGCUAUUUUUGAUGAGACCCGCCGAUACUCUCCGAGUACACCGGUACCUGAGCAUGAAGAAGCAGUCAGCACAUUGACAGAUGGCCUCGAUAACUGGCCUGAGGUGCUCACAUUGCAAGAAGCCGAAACAGAGAUCAGUAUAGAGCUAAGAAUGCCAAUGGUAUUAGCAAGGAACUCGGCGGGAGAAGAAGCAGAGCAUACCAAACAAGGAGAGGAAGCCGGAAAACCCACGUUACCACUAUCUCCCAAAACAGCCUCUAUUUUACCCGUGACGCCUGAAUCAAUCAGACCAAACCAGAUCUCAUGGUCGAAUACCAACAUACCAGGAAGCUUUCCCACCGAACCAAGGCCUCCGAGGAUCUCUUCAUCAACAAUGACCUCACUAUCGCAAGAUCCAUUAAUCCAGAGAUCAACACCAUCGAGAUCUCGACUCCCGAAUACCCUGUCAUCGUCACCAGAUCCGAUCUCGGUCAUACCAUCGAUCGAAACUGAAGGGGAGGAGACAGUAUCAGAAAGCGAGAUGCAACUUCAGCAAGAAUUAGCACAGUCACCGCAACCUACGCAUCCAACUGCCAUACAAACUGCGCCUAGACCAGGAUAUGAGAUAGCACCCGCCCGUGCACCUAGAGACAUCUCAAGAAACAUUGAUCAAUCCAACAUCAUUACCAGCGGCAGCAGAUCUCGCAGGCCAAGAACCAACCGAGAUUUCUCAGCAUACCUAUCUCUUCACGAUGAAGAUCCUGCCGACAACCCGCCUGAAUUGCUUCAUGCGUUCACCAUCAGUAUGCAUGAACAAGCAUCCCAUACCAAGAAACACCAUCGAAAUCAGAUGCCAAUAGAGCCCCAGAACUGGGCUGAGAUGAAGAACCAUAAAUUUGCCAAAGAAUUCACCGAGGCCGCAGCCUUUGAGAUCGAGACUCUACGAAACAAAGGCACAUUCCGCGAGGUGUCGCACCCGAACACCAAAGGGACACAGGUCCUUCCACUCAAGUGGGUGUUCACAUAUAAAUAUGAUGCCGACGGAGUCCUGGAGAAGUUCAAAGCGAGGAUCUGUGUGCGUGGAGAUCUACAGUGGAUCACUACUGAAGAAAAGAGAGCCGCAACUCUCGCAGUGAAAACAGCCCGCGCUGUAUUUGCACUGGUCGCAGCAUUUGACCUCGACAUGAUACAACGAGAUGUAGUGACAGCGUUCCUCAACUCAGCCAUUCAAGGUGAGGUAUACACCAAGUGCCCGCCUGGUUUCGAACGCUCAGGCCACUGCUGGCUGUUACUCCGAGCGCUUUAUGGCUUACGUAUGUCACCGCGUUUGUGGCAGCAGGAAGCAACCAGAGUGCUGGUCAAAUUGGGACUGACCCCCGUGCCUGAGGAUCCAUGCAUUUUCACCACCCAAGGAAUAAUCGUUUUCUUCUAUGUUGACGACAUUAUCAUGGUCAAUCAUCCUUCCUAUUCUAAGCAAGCAGCUACCCUGGACCAAGAAAUGAAGAAGCAAUGGGAAUUGCGAGAACUUGAUGCCAGUUGGUUCCUAAACAUCCGCAUAUUGAGAGACAGAUCUCAGAAGAAGCUAUGGCUAUGCCAAGAUAGCUAUAUUGAGAGCAUGACAAGUCGGUAUAACCUCAAAACCAACCGUAGGGUCGAAACCCCUAUGAGCACUGAGCCUUUGCUCCCAUAUGAUGGAGUAGCAACACCGAGUCAGAUCCAUGGGUACCAAGCCAAAGUUGGAUCUGCUCAGUAUGCUACAACCGUCUCACGCCCAGACGCCGCCAAAGCCACCGCCAAAGCCGCUGAAUUUCUUAUGAAUCCAGGUCCUAAGCACAUCGACGCUAUUGAUCGGAUCAUCCAAUACCUAUACAAAACCAGGUUUUGGGCCAUUGAAUAUGGAGUGAGAGGCCUCGAACCAGGUAUCGAAUUAGCAGCAAAAUCGGUUGAAUUUGCCAGCGAUGCUUCUUUCGGCGAUAACCCCGACCGGCGCAGCUCCGAAGGAUAUGUCUGCAAGUUAUAUGGUGGGCCCAUAGAUUGGAAGGCAUCGAAACAGAAGACCGUUACAACAUCGACAACCGAAGCAGAGCUACUCGCACUUGCUGAGGCCGGAAAAACAGUCCAAUGGUGGCGUCGAGUCCUCCGCGCAUUAGGAUUUGAACCGUCCCAUCCUCUCACUAUCUUGUGCGACAGCCAACAAACUGUUGACCUAUUGACGAAGGAAGGUGCCGCAAUGCAUACGAAGCUUCGUCAUGUUGAUAUCAAUCGGUGCUGGAUGAAGCAAGAGGUCAGUGAAGGCCGAGUUCUUGUCGCAUGGAUUCCAACCGCCGAGAUGCCAGCCGAUGGCCUCACCAAGGCCUUACCCAAACAGAAGCAGCAGAUCUUUCGAGAUCUGAUCGGAAUGAGAGACGUGAAUCACCUGAUUCACCCUUCAAAACAGAUUCUGGUUUGA